AUGCUGGGCGUGCCGUAGCGAGCCGGAGAUGGAUGGAGUCGGCAGCAACAGGACCAUGUCUUACAGCAGGUGGAGUUACAACAGUGUUCUGGAUGAUGAGGGGAGCAACCUGCGUCAGCAGAAGCUUGACAGACAGCGAGCAUUGCUAGAGCAGAAGCAGAAAAAAAAGCGCCAGGAGCCGUUAAUGGUUCAGUCCAAUGUGGACAGUCGCACAAGAGCGCGUAGAACGAAACAUUCGGAAGAACAAGCACCCUUGGUUGAAUCGUAUCUUAACUGCAACAGCAGCACCAUAUACCAUGUACAGGAGGCCGAACAGGAAGAUGUAAAGGUGGCAGUGGAUGCCCAAGCUCCGAAAUCAACUAAAAAAGCCAAGGCAGCAUCUGCAAGCUGUCAGACUGGCAAUGCCAGAAAGGAGAAAAAAGGGAAACACAAAGGAAUUGAUGGCCCAGCUGCUUUUCAAGAUGAUGUUCAGAAAGCAGGAAGUCAAGUGCAGAUUCUCACUGUUGGGCAGUCUAGCCAUGAUGAAGAUGAUGGAGAGAAAAUGGCUACUGGCCAACAACAGCAAAGCAAGCAGGACCUUAAAACAGCAAUGCAGAAAAAGGAUCCCCAUGCAAAUACAUCCUGGUCCUCUUCCACCUCCCAGUCCAGUCUGGUCGCCUUGGAUCAUGCUCCUGGCAUUUCAAGCAGCAUGAAUUUCGAUGAGGAAGAGGAUGAGGAAGAUGCAGACAGCUCUAGCUCUUCCCAGCUAAACAGUAACACCCGGCCUGGUUCUGCCACAAGCAAGAAAUCCAGUAAGGAAGUGGCCUCAGCCCCUAGUCCUUCCACAAAUGAGCCUCUCAUAGAUGUUGAUGACCUGGAGGAAUUUGCUGUAAGACCUGCUCCACAGGGUGCCACCGUCAAAUGCAGAAUCACAAGAGACAAGAAAGGAAUGGAUCGAGGGAUGUACCCUACCUAUUACCUCCACUUGGAAAGGGAGCAUGGUAAAAAGGUGUUUCUGUUAGCUGGAAGGAAACGAAAGAAGAGUAAAACCUCUAAUUACCUCAUCUCCAUAGACCCAACUGACCUGUCUCGAGGUGGAGAGAGUUUUAUUGGAAAACUGAGAUCAAAUCUUAUGGGAACUAAGUUUACAGUUUAUGACAAUGGAGUAAAUCCAAUGAAAACAACAUCAAGCCUGGAGGCGAGUGUCCUGCGUCAGGAGCUAGCUGCUAUUUGUUAUGAAACAAAUGUCCUGGGCUUCAAAGGACCUCGUAAGAUGAGUGUGAUCAUACCAGGAAUGAAUAUGGACCAUGAAAGAGUUUCCAUCAGACCAAGAAAUGAACAUGAGACGCUGCUUGCAAGAUGGCAGAACAAAAACACAGAGAGCGUCAUUGAGCUGCACAACAAAACUCCCGUCUGGAACGAUGACACCCAGUCCUAUGUUUUAAAUUUCCAUGGUCGAGUCACACAGGCCUCAGUGAAAAACUUCCAAAUUAUUCAUGAUAAUGAUCCUGAGUAUAUAGUGAUGCAGUUUGGCCGCGUGGCUGAGGACGUGUUCACCAUGGACUACAACUACCCAAUGUGUGCUCUACAAGCCUUUGCUAUUGCCCUUUCAAGUUUUGACAGCAAGCUGGCUUGUGAGUAAAGGGGCGUGGGAGAGCGUCCUCUCAGAGGAAUCGGUUUGCCGUAUGAUUCCCAAUCCCUGCCGGUGUCACUUAUGGUCCGUACUGAGGUCAGGGAGAAUGCAGUUGUGGAGGACCACCGGAUUGCUGGAGAGAAAUUUAAAAGGAACCUUCUAAAAAAUUCAGGACAUUCAGGAAGUAAUGCUUUCCUUUUUUUUUUUUUUUUUUUUUUUUUCUUUUUCUGUCAUAUUUUUUUCUGGAAGCGGCUUCGAGUUUGUGUAAAUAGAAGUUCUAUCUCAUGUCCUUGAUUAUGUUCUGGAGGUGUGCCAUGAUCUACUGUGGCUCUAGUAGCACCGUUACAACGGUGUGUCUUUUUUAAACCCAGAAAGUGCGCUCUCAACAAAUUUCUUUUUGCAUUGUAAGAAUUAUUCCGAGGCUGCAAUCGUACCUCAAGGUUGCAUUCCUACAGCGAAUAAUCAGAUCUUCACUUCAUCCAACAUGAAAGAAAGAUCACAAAAAACAAAAAAAAUAAUGCACUUUUUUGAAUUUGCAAGGAUCUCAUGUAGCUUACGGCCAAGUCUGAGGGUUGAAAACCUAUCUGGACUGAACUUGAUGUAUCACUAUUGUACGUGUAGAGAAGGGCAUGAUGAAUUUUAAUCACAGUAGGAGGAAAAGGAGAAGUAGAAAGCACAAAAUAAUGUUGCACAAGUCACUUAAAUUCUAAGCUGUCUUUAUGUUUUAACAUCUAUGUGCUUUUUAAUUUGUUUCAAAUGAAAAUGUAUGGGGGAGAACAGAAAAGGGAAAGCUCUAGAUGCCAAGAAAUCGUAACGUACGUUGAAUUUGGCAUGUUGCGUGUUGGGAAUUUAUGGCCUUGUAUUGCUGUGGUGAUUCAGCCAUAUUUUGUAUGAAGUGAUACAAACAGUUGGGUAAAGGCUCUCUGCUGAGAAUCUUCUUAUUUGAAGGAGGCUGUGUAAAGCUGAGGAAGGUAAAUGGAAAUAUUUUAUUAAAUUUGUCUGGCCUUUUGCGAUUUCACUAUUUGUUGACUGCGUUUUUUGAACUUUCAGCAACAACCACUUUUCAUAUUUAUUUCCCAUUGUAAUGAUGCCUGCAACCAUUUGAAACUGUAUGCUGUUCUGUGAUGUAAACGUGCCAGCUAGUGAGCUGAAUCCUUCUAGGCGAACGUAGCGUACGCUGCAUACAAAUCAGAUGCUGGAAGGACUCCGAGUAGCUUAAAAUAGGGUGAGGUUUUUGUCUCAUUUUUUCUCAUUUGAAUGGGAUAUGUAAACAAAUGCCAUUUCAAAACACAAGCGAAGAACGAAGCUUCUCUUCUUCCCUAAAUGUCUCAGAAGCCAAGAGCUGCAACUGAAAGCACAGCAUAAAGCACCUUUCAAAGAAAGAGAAUCUUUUUGCCACUGUUCCAUAGAACGUAAUUGCCAAUGACACGUGAAGUAACAGGAUCUGUAUGUCGUUUACCAGAAAGGUAUUGAAAUGCGAGUAAAGAGCAAAAGCAGUUGUAUUUUAUACUGUCUGUACUCAGAUCCACCUUUUUACUCUUUAUGGACUUUACUUGGUUGCACAACCAAAGAUUACAUAAGGAGAAAAUGAGAUCAAAUCUGCUCGUCUCGUAGCUGUCAGCUCCUUUUAUACGAUAGAGGCAGGCCAUAAGGAGUGGUUGCGCCAUCUGGACUGUAUGAUUUCAACUAAUAAAAGAAAUAUUCUGUCUUC